AUGGCACCCGCUCAACGUCGCCUGAACCAGCUCCAGAAAGAGCUAGUGCCAACAAGAGCCUCCGUCGGCACUCUGAAGCUCGGGAGCAUCAAUUUCGACGUACCGGAAUCGUUGGCACCUUCAAGAUUACCCCACACGAAGGACUUGCUGGACAUCUAUGACCCCGUCAACCUCGAUAACCUGCAUUUCAUGCUGCAGAAGUAUCUGCUCGGCCAGGAUAUAUUUCUGGUAUCGCAGCCCGGGCCAUACGCCCGCAGGCUGGCUUUGACUUUUGCGAGGAUGAUCAACUCUGGGUUCGAACAUAUAACUCUUCAUAGAGAUGUCGGCGAAACGGAAUUGAAACAGGGGAGGGAGAUUAGAGAAGGUGGAAACCUAGUCUAUGUUGAUAGUCCGGCCGUUUCUGCUGUUAAGCACGGUCGACUUCUUAUCCUAGAAGGAAUAGAGAAGGCUGAACGGGGUAUCAUGCCAGUCUUGAAUAAUUUACUAGAGAAUCGUGAAAUGAAUCUAGACGACGGAACACACAUUAUUCACCCACACCGAUAUGCACUAUUAGACACAGAUAGAGACGACACUACCGGGAAACUAUUUAUCCCAGCGCACAAAGAUUUCCGAGUCAUCGCAAUAGCCGCCCCCGUCCCACCAUACCCAGGGUACCCGCUCGAUCCCCCCUUCAGAAGUCGCUUCCAAGCCCGGUUUAUCGACCCCUUGGGUGCCGCAAUGGCCCUCCAUAAAGCGGUAGAAUCACCAUCACCACCCUCCAUCUUCACCAAGCUUCGCGAUUUAAUCCUAUCCACCCAAUACGCUAGCGAAUCGCGACAUGCUCUUGAAGCUAUUUCGAGGAGCACACUCCCGCCUUUCCCUCAGACUUCACUGCUUAGACUUGGGGCCUUGGUCACGAUGUUCCCACCUCCGGAUGAGCUUUCGCCAGGCCAACUCGCCCGAGUAAUUCUGACAAUACAUCCUGCUCUUAUUCAUGCUCAGUUCCAAGCAUGGGCUAUCCUCGGCCGACAGGUCGAAGAAGCUGGCUUGGGUAGAUUGGGCGCCCCAUCGAUGUUCGACAGCGACGAACGGAUAGGAUUGCUCGGAUACCGCGUCGAGGGCAUCAAACGCGUUUCCAAUGAUACUGCUGAAGUUACCUUCACUCCACCACACAAGGCUCCCCCAGUUUCCGUGACCGUCCCAGCUGGGCCGAAGGAGUUCAGACAAUACCCAUUAGUCGCUGAUCGGGAUUUCCAUGUUACUGAGCGCUUCGUAGGACUGCUGUCUUGUUUUCUACAAGCCCAUGCCCUAGGGUGGGAUAUCUCGUUGAUCCCACCUGCUUUGCCUUCAACUGCGUCGUCUUCAUCGUCGACCCUCGUAAAGGCAUUCGGCCAACUCCUCGGGUACGAGACCGACGUGGUACACAUGUACAAGGAACUUGGAGGUCGUGAACUAGUUAUGCGUAGGAUGAUUGAGGACAGCGGGGCAACGAAAUGGGAACCUAGCCCUCUCAUCGAGUCGGCCUGGCAAGGUCGUCUCGCCCACCUCAGCGGUUUAGACGUGAUAGGUUCGACGGCUGGCUCCCUCUCUCGUUUAUUCCAGGACCGUGAAAUUGAGCUUUGGGAGGGCCAACGUCUUGUUGCAGAGAAGUAUCCAACUGAUGGCCUUGCCGAAGAUCUAUCCGUUGCCCAUCCUUCCUUCCGUGUGAUUGCUACCCCCUCCAAAUCCACCCCCCUACGAGACUGGGUUUCUGACGAACACUCAAACAUGUUCUUCCCCAUUCCCAGUCAACCCAUGGAUGUCGAGGAAGAACGCUUCAUCCUUCUCGCGACUGGUUGUCCUUCCGAAGCUGUUGAACAGCUACUUGCCUUCGCGGAUAAAUAUCGAACAAGCCUGUCGUCGGACAACGUCCAGAAGAACCGAAAACUCGGCACAAGGUCUCUCGUGCGCAUCGCCCGUAGAGUUGCGAUGUUCCCCGAGAACUGCGAUUUGCACACUAUCGUUGGACGCUCAUUGUUGGCAGAGUUUUUACCUGCGGUCGAACGGCUCAAUCUCAUGACUCUCCUCGAAGAAUCUGGGAUUAGACGACAAACUCCUCCAUAUUACCCCCCUCCCAUCACCCAAAGCAAGGUUGUCUUCUUCCCAAGGCCCACCAACACAACCGGGAAGCCCACGCAUUCCACCUCUAUCCCCCGCUUCAACCCUGCGAACGACCCCGAGGGCGUAGCCACCCAUGUCCCGCAUAUGGACCACUUCUACAACAACAGCCUCCAAACCGGGCUCAUGAGAGAGUUGGCGGUAGACUUAGAGCUUCUCGGCGAGCACCUUGUCCUCCUGGGAAAUCAGGGCGUCGGAAAGAACAAGAUCGUAGACCGGUAUCUCCUUGGUAGACCACGAGAGUAUAUCCAACUCCAUAGGGACACCACUGUCACUCAGUUGAUGUACACGACCUCUCUUGAAUCCGGGGUCAUCAAGCACACCGACUCUCCUCUCCUGCGGGCCGUGAGGUUUGGGCGUGUCAUCAUCAUCGACGAGGCGGACAAGGCUCCUGAACAUGUUGUCGCGGUCUUCCGUAGUCUCGCAGGUCAAAGCGAGAUGACACUCUCCGACGGUCGUAGAAUUCGACUUACGAAAGAGAAGGAUAGCGACAUCCCCGUGCACCCCAACUUCAGGCUUAUACUGCUCGCGAACAGGCCUGGUUAUCCUUUCUUGGGCAACCACUUCCUUCAGGUCCUCGGCGAGAAUUUCAGCGCCCAUUCCGUAUCCAACCCCGAUCAACUCUCGGAGCGGAGACUGCUUAGUCAAUUGGCACCUGGAAUCGAUGAAGAUAUGAUCACUAGGCUGGUCGGUGUUUUCCAAGACCUCAGGCGCGGUUACGACGAAGGAACCUUGAGCUAUCCUUACUCGUUAAGAGAACUCAUCAACAUUGUUCGCCACCUACAAGCAUUCCCAGAAGAUAACCUUGGGGAAGUCCUUCGCAACGUCUUCGACUACGAUAUCUACAAGCCGGAGACGAUUGACAAGUUGGCUGAGAUAUUGGAUCACCAUGGAUUGAAGGUGCCACAUUUAGGCCUCGACGCUGCCCGCGAAGCUGUGAAAAAGAUCCAAGAUGUGCAGUUCGACCCUAAGGAGACGGAACUAGGCGAGCCUAAGGAAGGGAAAGAUGAUCCUAACAAUGAAGAGCAUCAAGGCGGCAAUACCUGGGCGGGCGGCACUGGCGGUCGGGAUACAGCUGGACUUGGCGGUCGCGGUGGUUACAAGCGACUAUACAAGCCUGGCCAUGAUAUAAAGCAGGUAUCCGAUGAACUCAAGGAACAAGUGCCAGACCAUGUCAAAGAUCGUGCACGCGAGAUGGCUCGUCAAGAGCUCCAACGUCGAUUGGACGAACUGGAGAUGAACAUCAGAGAGGUGAAAGGGUAUAGCGAACUCCUGACUGCUACGCAGGCUCACAUGCUUGCGUUGUUUGAUCUACUCGAACAUCUGGCCGCAAAAGAAGAAGAACGUGUUUGGAUUAAACGUCAGACUGACGGUGAACUAGACGAUACCCGACUCACAGAAGGCUUGACCGGUGAAUCGACUGUGUACAAGCGCCGUGGUAUGGAGAAGCCUGAACUAGGCCGACCUCAGAUGAAACCCAAACGUAUCCGCUUCAUCUUUGAUGUCAGUGGUUCUAUGUAUCGCUUCCAGUACGAUGGGCGCCUGCAGCGGAGCCUGGAGACAGCUGUUAUGCUGAUGGAGACAUUUGACAAGCUUUCUCGCAAGGACAAAUAUGUUUGGGAUUCUGGCGACGGUCCCGAUAUUCCACUCGUUGAAGCCGAUUCACCUCCACCAGAGGUCAAGGACCGUUGGAAGGUGGUCGAGAAAAUGAACAUGAUACCGCAAUACGCUUUUUCUGGAGAUUACACGGUCGAAGCUAUCGAGAAAGGUGUCAACGACGUUGCUCAAUAUGAUGCAGAUGACUGGUUCGUCAUCGCUAUCACGGACGCAAACUUUGGAAGAUACGACAUUACUCCCGAGCAGUUGAAGCGUGUAAUGAAUCUCCGACCCAAGGUGCACACUGCAUUGAUAUGCAUUGGAGAGGGGGCGGAGUCGACAUGGGUUACAAAGGCCCUACCAGGGAAGGCAUUCCGGGUGGAGAACACUGGCGACAUCCCCAGUGUUUUGCGGAGUAUCCUGUCGACGAUGGUAGACAGAUGA